AUGCUGUUCAUUCACUUCCUUUCGGCAUUUUUUGGAUUUUCAUUGGUGAAUUGUAAUUCAAAUGACUCAGAGCCAAAGAAUCCAUUGGAAUUGGCUGUUAUCCUCGAUUCACCACGUUUGGUCGAAGUGGAUGAAUUUACGAGCUCUAUAACAUUGAUUUUCAACUUGCUAUUGGAUCCAAUCAAUAGUACUCAGAAAGUGCCAGAGUACAAUGGCAAGAAGGAUACGACUCGACAUUUCUUUUUCGAACAAUCGAUAGUCGAAUCACCAUCUCAGGCUAGAUUGUCCCUUGAGAAUGUCGGAAUGCCAUAUAUGCUUAAAGUAAAAGUUUUCUGUGAAAAUUUCAAUUUGGUUAAUCAUCCGAACGAUGAUCAUUCAUGUAAACUGUCGUUCAUUUCGAAUUUCUGGAAUGCCAGUCGAUUACUCCUGAUUCCCCAUGUCACAUCAACUUCAUCGCUCAGAGCCAAUUCCCGAUGGAAAUGUGAAAACACGAAGAGUUUCGUUCAAUGGAUCAUACACAACAAUCAAACAUAUGAAAAAGCUGUUUUCGAAUGGCACAUUACCCGGUUGGCCAAUCACACUCAUUUGGUCGUUUGGAUUUUAUAUUUCUGGAACUCGUUCUCUCUAGCAAUGUCAUUCCCUCUCAUUUGGAAUAGUAAAUGUUCACCUACAUUCAAUCAUGGCAUCUGGAUAUGCUUAGGAGAGACAUUGAUUAUACUUUCGUUAUCUGCAGAGCAGGCAGAUUUGCCAAUUUUUUGGACUGUCGGAUUUAAGAAAUCAUUUGCCUUAUUCGCAUAUGGACUCAUGUGUUGCGUUCUAUCCAACUAUCUACCAUCGUUGUUACUGAUGUUCCGCGUCAUACGAAGUGAUGCUCAUCCAUCACCUCCACAAUACCCAAGUCCCGAGGAGCAAAUCAGUCUGGAUAGUGAGCGAACGAGGCUGACAACGGUUUUGGAUUCUGCACGACUUGACUCAGCUAGAAGUACGAGAACAGCUCAAAUGGAUUCUUGUAUGGCAGAGUUGAAAUAUACUUUGGUGCAUUUGAACGAGUUCAUGAAUUACAAAGCAAACGCUCAGUACAGGAGGUUUUUGUGGUCAUCAUGUUAUAAUCGGUUGGUUGCACUAACUGGAACAGUCCUUCAAUUGGUUAACGGUGUAAUCUUUCUGAUGUAG